AUGAAAUUGUUGUCAGUCAUUGCUGCCUGUGCUUUGGUUUCCGCUGGUGUUGAAGCCAAGACCUUCCUCUUCCCUAUUCCUCAAGAUGUUGCCUGGGCUGGUACCUCUACAACUCUCUCUAACAACUUCAAGAUCUCUGGGGCUCAACACACUCACGUUAAGAGCGCUGCUAAACGCUACUUGUCAUUGGUCAAGAGCGAGAAGUGGGUUCCAGUCCAAGUUGCCACUGACAAAACAAACGUCAAGCCUGUCAAGGGUCAAUUGAAGGGCCUCAACAUCAAGGUCAAGGACAACAAGGCUAAGCUCGACAUCGAUGUAGAUGAAUCCUACCAGUUGGACGUCCCCUCUCAAGGCGGUUAUGCUACUCUUACUGCCAACACUUGGGUCGGUGCUCUCCGUGCAUUGGAGACCUUCUCUCAAUUAGUGGUUGCCGACGGUAAAAAAUUGGUUGCUCACACUGCUACCAUCAAGGAUCAACCUUCUUAUGGCCAUCGUGGUAUUUUGUUGGACACUUCUCGUAACUACUAUCCCGUCAAGGAUAUCUUGCGUGUCAUUGAAGCCCAAGCCUACAACAAGAUGAACGUUUUGCACUGGCAUGCAACUGACUCUCAAUCAUGGCCUUUGUACUUCAAGUCUCACCCUGAACUCUCUCAAAAGGGUGCCUACUCCAGCAAGGAAGUCUACACUCCUGCUGAUGUCAAGAAGAUUCUCUCCUUUGCUGAGAGCCGUGGUGUUCGUGUCGUUUUGGAAAUUGAUAUGCCUGCUCACACUGCUACCAUUGGUGAAUCUCACCCUGAUUACCUCAUCUGCGCUGACGAGUUCUGGGCUGCUUACUCCGCUGAGCCUCCCGCUGGUCAAUUGAAUCCUUUGAGUGACAAGGCUUUAGGUCUCGUCAAGGACAUCAUCAAGGAGGCCACUCACACUUUCCCCGAUACCCUUUAUCACACUGGUGGUGAUGAAAUUAACACUGCUUGUUGGGAUUUGGAUGCUGGUAUUCAAAAGUACACCAAGAAGAACAACAUGACCACCAGCGAAGUUUGGUUUGAGUGGACCAACAAGGUCUUGUCCUAUGUCAACACCAAGACCGACAAGCGUCCUAUCAUUUGGGAGGAUCCUAUCAAGGAUGGCGGAAGCUACCCUAAGAACACUGUUGUCCAAUCCUGGGUCAAGCCUCAUUCUGUCUACACCAAGCUUGGUCACGAUGUCAUUGUCUCCAACUACGAUUACUUCUAUCUGGAUUGUGGUCACGGUGGUUGGGUAGGUAACGACGAUCGUUACAUUAGUCCUACUCAAACUGAAACUGCUGCUGAUACUUUCAACUAUGGUGGCGUCGGUGGCUCGUGGUGCGCUCCUUUCAAGACAUGGCAACGUAUUUACAGUUACGAUAUGACUUAUGGUAUUGAAAAGAACCAUAAGGGUAAGGUUCUGGGUGGCGAAGUUGCCAUGUGGGCUGAGCAAACUGGACCUACUGUCAUUGACGGCCGUCUCUGGCCCCGUUCUGCUGCUGCUGCUGAAGUUUACUGGUCUGGUUCUUAUGACAAGAAGGGUGCCAGACGUACUGUCAAGACUGCCUCUGAACGUUUCUACGACUGGGUGUUCCGUCUUCAAGCUCGUGGUAUUGACGCUGAACCCGUUCAACCCAAAUACUGUGCUCGCCAUCCUGGUGCUUGUGAUCUCAACGAUCCUCAUGCCAAAUAA